AUGCACAACAGAAACGCCCAGAUGUACGUGGAGGGUAGGACCAAGGCUCCAGAGGCCCAGCCGAGUCCUGGCCUGAGGACUGCCAGCAACAGGGCUGGUGUUGAGCCCACCAUAUCAGAAGUCAGCCAGGUUGUGUUUACAGAUGCUGAAGGGAUAGACGGUGGGAAGCAGCCCUCAUCAGAACCAGGAGAGCCAGAGGACGGGCCCAGACACAGAGAGGCAUCAGAGGAGGGGUAUCCAGAGCUCAGCACCCAGGAGCAGAUGCCUCCGGAAGGGCCCGGGGAGCUGCAAGCAGGCCAGAAUCAGGCCACGCCAGGAAGUGAGCUGGAAGUGCUGCCCUCCAGGGUCCCUGCAGCACAGGAAAGGCUGCAGCAGCAGAGCUCAUGGAAGGAGACCAAGGACCAACAGCGGAGCCAGCAGAACCUAGGAACUGUGGAGGGUCAGUUCCCCGAGAGCCGCCAGGACCCAGAGUGUCAGCCCUUCCCAGGUCACCUGGCCGCCAAUGAGUCAGACAUAGUGCAGCCAACAGAGCCUUGUUGCUCCUUGGACAGCUGUGGACAGCAACUGCGGGACAAGCCCCCCAAGGAAGUGGACACCCCACCCAUCAGGGACAAGGCUGUGGAGAUCCAGGCAGCACUGGGGCCUGUUCCUCCACCUGAGGCGAGGGACAUCGGAGAGAGGAGGGAGAUGGACCAUACCCCGAAGCAGCCUCAGGAUCCCGCGGGGGCCACGGGGGCCCAGGACCUUGGCAACCCCCGGCCGGGCUUCAUGAAGUGCUUGUUGGAGGUGUAAGAGGAGAAGGCCACGCUUUGGAGGGUCACCAAGGCCCGUGCGCCGCCAAGCCGGAAGUCCCCCAGGACCCUGGCCCCCGUGCCUGUCUCUGUCCCGGUUGGCAACUCAGCCCCAACCCUGCCUCUGACCCUGCCUCAGAGUCCUGCCUCAGCUCCUGCCAUGGCCCCAUGCUGGGCCCGACCGCCAGCCCCUGGGCCACUUCCUGCCCCCAUGGGAGCCCCAGCUUCAGUGCGCAUCACAGUCCUGCCGGCCCCUGCAUCAGACCUGGGCUGGAGAAGGACAGAACUUUUGCACCACAGCGGGGAGAGGAGCCUGAACUACCCCAAGGCACGGCAGGAGCUGGAAGAACACUGCCUCUUGAAGGUGUGUCAGAUCUGGGAGGAGAGGUUGGAAGAGCACCUCACACUGAAGCAAGAGGAAGCCUUCCGCAGCUACUUUGAGAUCUUCAGUGGUCAUGGCGAGGUGGAUGCACAGAGCCUGGAGAACAUCCUGCUCCUCGUGGGCAUGUCCCUGACACCGGCCCUGAGGAGGUGGACUCCUCCACCGGUGGAGGAUGCCCUGAGGAGUGCUGAUAUCGACGGAGACGGCCACGUGAACUUCAAAGACUUCUUGGCCGUGAUGACAGACACCAAGAGCUUCUUCUGCUGUGGAGAAGGCCUGACGGACGUGGCUCCCCCAAACCCCCGCACUCUGCUCUUUGAGAUCCUGUCCCUGCUGGUGGAGAUGCUGGCCUUACCUGAGGCAGCCUUAGAGGAGAUCACCAGCUAUUACCAGAAGAAGCUGAAGGAAGGCACCUGUAAGGCCCGAGAGAUGGAACCGGCCAUUGGCCGGCUGCAGUCCCAGAAGAAGCUUCCCUACAACCCGCAGCAGGCAGACUCCUUGGAAGUCCCAGAACGAAGAGCCCUCAGGAUCCUGAGCCAGCUGAAGCAGCAGAACUAUGUUGCCAACCUGCAAAGCCCCUAUGCCCAGGUGCCUUGCAUCCCACUCUGCCCGAGGCUGGACAAUACGGUCCGCCGGAAGCAGGGCAGCCACUACAUGCUGGAGCUGUGUACCCCCCCAAGCCUGGGCCCUGACACCCGUAGCCUCUUCUUCCAGACUAGAUCUCAAGGAAGCAGGGAACCCAGCUCUGACAGCCGAAAGUGGCUCAGUUCUGUGCCAGCUCGAACCCACUGA